ACCACCCCUGCAGUGUCUAGCCAGCCAGUGUAUUGAUCACCUCUCUCGUGGGAGACAUUAUUCUGAGUGUCAAGAAGCUGUGUGUGUUUUUAGUGUGAUUCAGUGAUCUUUCCAAGGAAGUUUUAUGCCCACCUUGACCAAUAUUAAAGGAAAAAGCGUGGCAGUGGCGAUGACGUCAGAGCCGGACUCGUGUUCGGAAGAGGAGCCGGACAGCGAGAUGCUCAGCGACGACCCGAGUUUCCAGGACAGUGAUGACGAGAGACAGAUGCGGGCACAGUCGGACCUACCCCCCGGCCUGCCUCUCCGAGCGCCCCGCAAGUUGUUCUCCAACUGCCGCGAGCGCUGGCGCCAGCAGAACGUGAGUGGAGCCUUCGCCGAGCUGCGGAGACUCGUGCCCACGCACCCGCCCGACAAGAAGCUGUCUAAGAGCGAGAUAUUGAGGGUCGCCAUCAGAUACAUCGGUCUUCUAUGCGAGGUGCUCGAGUGGCAGAAAGCGCAUUCCAUCUCCACUAACAAAGAGAACAACUCCUUAGCAAUCAAAUGCGAAUCACCUCUUAGCCCAUCGCAGAACCUACGCAGGAAGUACAAACGACCUUAUUGCAAUGAUGAUGAAGGUCCAAAACCGAAAAUCUUUCUCGAAGGCGCUAACGACUUUCCGAAAUUCGGCAACGAGGAAAAUGAAGAUGGUUCGCUCUUCAGACGCUACCAAAGUCGAGUGGUCCAAAACAAAAUGGAGCACUAUAGGUUCCUCAGAAGCUCUUACUAUUUCCCAAGAUGGCGCCAUCCCCUGCCGUUAAGGAACUUGACAACUGACAGGAAUGGAAACAACUUGCUCAUGAUCGCUCCAGCGCAAAAUGGGACGAGCAAACCAGAUAAUGGGGUUGUGAAGUAUUGCAACGGAACUGCAGAUGUUGAUAAGUCUCUAGAUAAAGACAAAGGUGACAAUAAGGAUGGGAUGAACAAAAUGACUUAGUUUAAGUCAAUAUUUUUUGCAAUACUAUAAUUUAACCGUGUUUACCGACAUAUAAUUUAAGAGUGUUUUUUUAUUUAUUGUACCGAUAUUUUGUUAUUAAAACGUAGCUAUAGAUUGUUAACAAUAUUAUUAAAAAUUCAAAUACUUAACACAAAUUGGGGUUUGGAGUUUUAAUGUUACUUUGAGGAAAUUUUAACUUAUAUAGGAGUUUUGAAUUAUGCAAAAUAAACGUAUCCUUGCAAUUUUAUCAUCAUAUAGGGCCUGCGUUUAGGCUUUUUAGUCGGAGGAGAAGCAUCUAUUAUCGUUCUUCUAGGAUCAAAGUCGAUCAAUAGCUCCCCCUUAGUGUCGGCGUCGACCUCUCUCCCGCUUCUAGUGUCGACGUCGACCUCUUCCCCCCUUCUAGUGUCGAAGUCGGACACGAUGAGUUGUCCCGGCAGCAGCGGUCCCCCGGACACCGUGUACAUCUGCACUGGACCGCCAUGCUGGAACAGUUC